AUGGUUUUAUUCUACAGGCUGGGAGAGAGUGGCAUAACUGCUGAUUCCUGUGAAAUUGUGGCAUCAGCUCUGCGAUCUGAGAAUUCACCAUUGAUUAACCUUGAACUCCAGAACAAUAACAUAGGAGACGAAGGACUGAGUCUCCUCAGCACUGGGCUGGCAAGUUCCCACUGCAAUCUGGCAAAACUGAGACUGGAUGGAUGUGGUCUGCAAGCCGAAUCCUGUAAAAUACUGGCCUCAGUCCUACAGACAGGAAGUUCGUCCCUUAUAGAGCUCGACCUCAGCUACAAUUGCCUUCAAGACGAAGGAGUGACAUUUCUACAUGCAGGGCUCACCAGCUCCUGCUGCAGACUGGAAAAACUCAGGCUAGUCAAAUGCUCUCUCACCAAGCACGGCUGCAUCUGGGUGGCGUCUUCCCUUCAAUCCUGCCCUACACUGAUGGCCUUAGACCUAAGCCACAAUCUAGUGACAGACGAAGGCAUGGGAAAACUCUGUGAAGGGUUUAUGAGCCCACAGUGCAGUUUGUCUUGUUUAAGAGUUGUUGCAUGUCACCUUACGUCAGAGUCCUGUGAGUUAUUGGCAAACAGGUUGCAGAGUGAAGAGUCAAGUUUGAUGAAACUAAAACUGAGCUACAACAACCUAACGGAUCAAGGAGUGAAAUUACUCAGUGAAGGUCUAAAGAGCUCCAACUCAAAGAUUGAGACAUUAGAGUAAGUUACAUUUAUCGUGGCUAAGCAUAGCACAAAUAUACUGCCUUUUACUUUAUGUGCAGUGAUGGUCAGCCUGGAUUUAUCAGUUAGAAGCUAGUGCCACAUAUUCUACCUCCCCAAUUCAACUGAUCAUUCAAGCAGACAAUCGUCUUAUAGAACAAGACAGGUAAAACCCAGUUGUUUGGAAUAUGUGGCACUUGACUGUAUCUAAUGAAUCCAUUUUGCCUAUCACUGGAUAUGUGGGAUAUUUUAUGUGAUGUGACAUGUUUGAUUUGAGAAUGUAUUCUGAGGACAACCU